AGACGAUCAGAAUGAGCAUACGUCUCAACGGAACGAAGUUUUAUUCGGCGAAAGGUAUGUUUAUGUUUAUAAUUUGUCAGUAAUAUUGCGUAAUUUGACCAUAUACGAGCUCGUUUGACUUUCAAAGCUCAUAAAUCGCUAUAAUGUUGCCAUUCACAAAAUCUAUCGAUAGUAAUGAGUAGCUAUCGUUACAUUGAAUCGAAUGGUGGUAUUUUGGUCCACGUAGCAUUUACCGAACUGAAGAUAUGAACCGCAAAAAUGAGUAAAUCAUGAGUGAUUUGUUUAAUAGGGACCUGUCGGGAAAGAGUUUAUUUAAUGCAUGUGACAUGUUGCUCUGAGUGUAUAUCCACAACGGCCAAGCUUGAAAAAUAUGCCUGUCCAUGGUGGAAAUCGAACCUACGACCUUUGGAAUACUAGCCCAAUGCUCUACCAACUGCAUGAGCUACGCGGUCAGGUCUGUUCGAGUAUGUGAUAUGUCGGAACAGAAACUACUAGUUCCUUCGAUAUCAAUGUAAUCUAAUAAUCACUCGUGCACGUAAAUGUAAAUUAUCACUUAAUGUGAUUUGCAUUUAAUAAUUGUAGUCUGCAACAAACUUGAGUUGCGGAAUGCGGAAUAAAUAAGCCAAAAAUUGUUAUAAAAGAAAACAAAGAAAACAAAGGUUGUUAUAAUAAUAUUUUGGCUUACUUAUUCAGAAAUCUGGCAACGCUGCAACAAACACUUUCAGCAAAUUUCAGAAACUUGUGCUAUUCUGAAAUCUGCGGCUUAAAUUCAUAUUACUGCUUUUUCUUGUGGUUAGUUUGUGGGUAAGUAGUCUUUAUUCGCUGGACGCGUUGCUUUGCCAGCGCCACAAUUUAAUGAAAUAAUUAUUCUUUUGCAGAACAAAGUGUCAACAUGAUCGCAGAAAUUGCUCUAUCCCUGUUACUCGUCUGGCUGAUGUGGAGCGUUGUCACUACUUACAAGACGAGAAGUAAAAUGCCUCCAGGUCCAUUUCCCUUUCCAUUCGUCGGUAAUUUUCCUCAAAUGCUUUGUGAUUCACCUGAUCCUUUCAGUAAACUUGCUGAAAAGUAUGGCGAUAUUUACACUCUUUCCUUUCCCACUGGGAAUACCGUGGUUUUGAAUACCGCCUCACUUAUGCGCGAAGCAAGAUUCGGGAAAAAAGCCGGUAUUUUUGUUGGGAGAUCGCCGGGGUCUGUGUAUCCUUUUAAUGAAAUGCUUGGUGACGAUUACAUCAUGACUGACUAUUCACCCAUUUAUGUAUUUCGAAAGAAAGUGUUCCUCUCGGCAUUGCAUGCUUUCGAAUCUACUGUGAAGCAUGAGUCAUCCACGUAUGCUGUUAAUGCCCUGUUAAAAGAGAUUGGAUCAAAAGAAAAAAAAGCUUUCUCUCCGGGGAAACUGGUCCAUGCUUCGAUAGUUGCACAAAUUUGGAAAAUGAUUACGACAAAGAAAGUAUCUUUGAACGACCCAGUUGUAAAAUCUAUUAUCGAGUUCGAUGAGCUACUUGGAAAACAGGCAUUAAAAGGUACUUUUUAUCAAAUGAUCCCAUUUGCAUCGUAUUUGCCAAGCCAGUUCAGUCGAGAUAUAAAGCGAGCAGUGCAAGUAAGGGGAGCAAUAUUUCUCCCAGAAUUUAGGGCUCACCUUGAGACUUGGCAGCCAAAUAUGAUUCGUGAUUUGACCGAUAGCUUAAUCGGCGCAUUCAAGAAAGAGAUACUGAAAGAAAAUAGUAAAGACGUUGGUUCGCUAGACGAUAUUCCUGCUUUAAUGACAGACAUGUUUGUGGCUGGCGCUGGAACAACAUCUUCGGUGAUUGCCUGGUUUAUCUUGUAUAUGGUGCUACAUAAAAAUGUCCAAGAAAAAAUUCAGAACGAACUUGAUAUGGUCGUGGGAAAAGAUCGUAUGCCAGUCUUGGAUGAUGCUAAGAACAUGCCGUACCUUCAAGCUGUGCUUUGUGAAGUUUUGAGGAUAGCAAAUGUUUUGUCAUUCGUAGGAACGAACGCGAUUCGUGACACAACAAUUUCUGGUUAUCAUAUUCCGAAGGGUACGUUAGUUUGUCCGAAUCUUAAACGAGUGCAUCACGACGAAAGAGAGUGGCCCGAACCUGAUGUGUUUAAACCUGAACGGUUUCUCGAUUCUGAAGAAAAGUUUGUUGGCUGGACGAAACUCCACGGAUUCAUGCCGUUCGGUGCUGGGCGUAGAGAAUGCACGGGUCAGUCGUUAGCAAGGAUCAUGAUAAUUACAUUCGCUUCAACGUUGUUGCAUUGCCAUGAGAUUGCUUUGCCGGACGGUGCAGAGGAGCCAAAUACGGAAAUUCUUGCUCAUGCGCAUGCAACAGUACUACGUCCUCAAGAUUUUGAAGUUGUGCUAAAGAAGCGAUUUUGACUCCCAAAUUGUUAAUGAAAUUCAUUUUUCUUUCAUUUAAAUGUUUCCGUUUUAGAACAUUAUUGUUCACUUAAAUUAAAAGCUCGUUUACAACUUUUGCUGCGACUUUCGGUGUGCUUUUCUUUCUGUGAUGGAUGUGAAUGAGAGGAUAUGUUAUGAAUAUUCAGAUCAGGGUAAAUAUAAUCAGAUUAUUCAAUCUUUCAUAACCCAUCUGCUCGUUCACAUGCAUCAGAAGAAGAAAUCACACUGGCUAUAUAAAUUGCACAAGAAAUAGCGAGUGUAAACGGGCAUUAAAAUUGUUCAGUAUGUUAGUUAAACCAUUAAUUGUGGUUCAGUAUUGAUGUUUACAAAUCGUCCGGAUUGAUUAGCAAUUACCGAUGCAACCUCGUACCCAGGGCUUGUGCGCUUCUGGAAUCCCUCGGUACGAGGUUGGACCGUCUAUGCAUAGGCUAGUGAAAAUUAGAUAUUAAUUACUUCUUCGGGAAUUUGAUAAGAAAGGCUUAAUUAUUUACCAGUUCGUGUUGUAUGUUUUAUUUGACCGUGCACGUGUGUUCAAAAUUUAUUUUCGUUUGAGAGCCUCCUACCACAUUCUCAAGCUCUCUCUUCUCACUUUUUCAAUCGCUUGAAAAUAUAAUUAUAUAUCAUAAAUUGUGAUUACACAUAUUAGACAAAUUCUAGUCACUAUAUAUAUAUAUAAGUAAAUGGGCUUUGUAAACAAAUUCUCUA